GUUUUUCCUACUCGCCCCUUCCUGGCGCUACAAAGCUCGAACCCAAACUCCAAUCCCCGCGGUGUAACAGCUUACCACGUUCAGUAAUGGCCACCGCGCCUUCGCCGGAGAUCGACCCCCGAAGCGGCUAUUGCAUCGCUACGAAGACAUUCCACAGCCUCUGCCCAGGCGUCACUCUCCCCUGCGAGUCACUACCGCUCUCUGUUGCUUCCUUCGCUAUCUCCCUCCUCCCAAUCCCUCUUCCAACUAACCCCGCGUUCAUCGACUCAGACUCUGGCAGCUCUCUCACUUACCCUGAAUUCCUCUCUCAAGUUCGAGCCCUUGCCUCAUCCCUUCUCUCCCACCUCCGCCUCUCCCCCGGGGACGCGGCUGUCAUCCUCUCACCUGCCCGCCUCGAGAUUCCGGUCCUGUACUUCGCUCUCCUCUCCAUUGGCGCAGUCCCCUGCCCCUCCAACCCCCUCAGCACCCGUUCCGAGCUCUCCCGCCAGGUCCAUCUUAUUCGCCCAAAGAUCGCCUUUGCUAUCUCUGCUGCGGCGCCCAAUCUUCCCGACUCCCUCCUCACCGUCUUCAUCGACUCCCCCCGCUUUCAAUCACUCCUUCACUCCUCAAAUUUUCCUCUCCCUCCAUUACCGGAGGUCCGGCAAUCGGACACAUCAGCGAUCCUUUACUCCUCCGGGACGACGGGGCGGGUUAAGGGAGUAGUCCUCACUCACCGCAACUUCAUUGCGCUACUCGCAGUACUCCACUCCCGAAUUCUUGAGCGGGAGACGCCGGCGGUGGGGCUCUUCACAGUUCCGGUGUUUCACGUCUUCGGGUUCUUCAUGCUGCUGCGGACGGCAGCAUUGGGGCAGACGGCAGUGCUUAUGGAGCGGUUCGAUUUCUCUGCGAUGCUGCGGGCGGUGGAGAAGUAUCGCGUGAACUACAUGCCUGUCUCGCCGCCGCUCCUGGUGGCGAUGUUGAAGUCCGACGAGGCCUCUCGGAGCGAUCUCUCAUCUCUGGAGUCCCUUGCAUGUGGCGGUGCGCCGCUCGGCCGCGAGGUUUCGGAACGCUUCCGCGCUCGCUUCCCCGCUAUCCAAAUAUUCCAGGGUUAUGGGCUUACUGAGUCGACGGGCGGGGUGACGAGCCCGGAAGAGACCGACAUAUUGGGGUCGGUGGGCCGGAUCUCGCCGAAUAUUGAAGCGAGGAUUGUAAGUCUGGAUUCUGGGGAGGCGUUGCCUCCAGGCCAUCGAGGUGAGCUCUGGCUUCGUGGGCCGACCGUUAUGAAAGGUUACAUUGGUGAUGAUGAGGCAACGUCAUCUAUGUUGACCUCGGAAGGCUGGCUGAAGACUGGAGACCUAUGCUAUUUCAAUGAAGAUGGGUUUCUUUUUAUUGUUGGUAGGCUAAAGGAACUAAUAAAGUACAAGGCCUACCAGGUUCCUCCUGCAGAGUUAGAGCAUAUACUUCAUUCUCAUCCAGAAAUUGCUGAUGCAGCUGUUAUUCCGUACCCAGAUGAAGAAGCAGGGGAGAUACCAAUGGCUUUUAUUGUUAGACAACCGGGAAGUACUCUUAGCUCAGUAGCAGUUAUGGAUUUUGUUGUAAAGCAGGUUGCCCCAUACAAGAAAAUUCGGAGGGUUGAAUUCAUUGAUGCGAUACCAAAAUCUGCUGCAGGCAAGAUCCUACGGAGGGAGCUCGUCCAGCGUGCUGGCUUUAGUCCCAAAUCAAAACUAUGAGUCUUCUCUUGAUUUAUUUAUCUUGCAAAAGUUUAGACUAGUUUUUUUUUUUAUUCUUAAAAUAACUUUUUAGUAUAAAAAUAAAAAAAUUUAUACUAAAAAAGCAGAAAGAAAACUGUCUCAAAUAAAACUUUAUUAUGAUGUCUAUGAUUAAUGUAUAAAAGUAAUAAUUUUCAGGAAAUAUUAUAGACUGCCCAUCAAUGUUGGCCUUUAUGAAAAAAGAAGAAUCAAAUUACCUCUUUGAAAAGCAAA